CAUCUUGGAGGCCGGAGGCGGCGCCGCAGGACGGAGCGGAAGUUCCCGUGCAGCUUCCCGGAGCCCGAGUGAGCGCCGGCGGCAGUCCUGCCCGCCGUCCUCCUUCUGCGGCCGUGAGGGAGACCGCGGCUCGGCCGCAGCGGAGCUGCGAGUUACAGAAUGUCUGAAGGGGACAGUGUUGGAGAUUCAGUCCAUGGGAAGCCAUCAGUGGUGUACAGAUUUUUCACACGACUCGGACAGAUUUAUCAGUCCUGGCUGGACAAGUCCACACCUUACACGGCUGUGCGGUGGGUGGUGACACUGGGCUUGAGCUUUGUCUACAUGAUUAGAGUUUACCUGCUACAGGGUUGGUACAUCGUGACCUACGCCCUGGGAAUCUACCAUCUAAAUCUUUUCAUAGCGUUCCUUUCUCCCAAAGUGGACCCUUCCUUAAUGGAAGACUCAGAUGAUGGCCCUUCCUUACCAACCAAACAGAAUGAGGAAUUUCGCCCCUUCAUUCGAAGGCUUCCAGAGUUUAAAUUUUGGCAUGCGGCCACGAAGGGCAUCCUGGUGGCAAUGGUCUGCACCUUCUUCGAGGCUUUCAAUGUCCCGGUGUUCUGGCCGAUCCUGGUGAUGUACUUCAUCAUGCUUUUCUGUAUCACAAUGAAGAGGCAAAUAAAGCACAUGAUUAAAUACCGGUACAUACCAUUCACACAUGGAAAGAGGAGAUACAAAGGGAAGGAGGACGUGGGCAAGACGUUUGCUAGUUAGAAGCUGGACUGAAUCUGGCACACGUGUUCAAGACGGUUUUGAGCCAUUGUAACAAUGCCUUUUUCUUCACAUAAAGUAGUUGAUUACAAGGGAUUUGAAUUUUCUUUUUAAAAAGGAGCCUCAAUGAUUUGUAACUGAAAUACAGGUUCUUGAAGAAACUGGCAUUUAAACCAGAUUGCAUUGAUUUCUAUUUCAGUGGUGUCCACAUGUUUCAAAGGACGGCAUUGUAUUAACCGCAGGCUCAAGAGGCCAGGCGGGCAGCAGCCGCAGGAGCAAGGGGUGGGAGGGAGGACAGGAGAGAGGCUACAAGAGGAGCUGGCUGCUCUGCGUGGGGCUGUUUCCCAGCCACGGUGAGACCGGAGGGACCAUGCCAACCCGAUUCCUGCGUGCCAGAGAACGUAAUGCUGCACAGGUGAUUGAUUUCAAGUAACUCUGGGGUUCUCAUGCCAGUUUCCAAACCUCACCUCCCUGGAGGUGUUUUCAAGCUGGCCUCUAUCACGAUGACUCAAAACUUUGUUCUUAACUACCAUGAUUGCUUCUGAGGGCCUGGAAUUAUAAACAUAUUAUAUUUUAAUUGUUUGAGAUUAUUUUGACACAUUUCUUUGAUACGUAUGAAGAGUUUGUUUUGCUUUUGACUAAAUGUUUUCAGCCCCUGUAAGGAAACACCAAAACUGGUCAGAGCAGGCCAGGUUUGUGAGUUUAACAUAACAGCUUUUCAUUUUCUACAAGGGAAAUAGAACCUACCGCAUGUCAACUUUUUUAAUAUGAUAAAAAAAAAUACUCUUAAA